CACCUUUCAAGUAGUAAAUACGCCAACCACCCAUAUUCGCCAUGCGUAAAAUUCGCUUUUAUUCAGAUUUCUCAUUCCUCAGAGAGACGGUUUGUGGGCACUCUCAGUUUACGGCGAAUAUCUGUUACAGUUGCGGCGAACAACAACACCAAAAUGUCACAAAAUGUGUUAUUCCAAUCGAAAACAUCGAAUUUUGUUCAUUUUCUUCGGGAAAAAAUCAAGAAGAAAACAAAACGACUACAAUACAAUAGAAGGCAGCACGGCGAAAAUCACAUUUAACUCGCGACAUAUGAAUUAUUGCACAAGUAGUCAAUUAUUCGCCGUCGAAUGUGGAUAUUCUCAAGUUGCAGUGCUAUUAAAGUGCGCCGGGCCAUUAAUUCAUUCGUUUUUUUUGUGUAAAACAAUUAGUAUUUCCGAAAACCAGUCGAUCACGUAGACAUAUUUAUCGUUUAAUUACGCGAGAGUUGCUGUGAAAUACAAUAUUUGAGAAAUUUUGCGCGCUGUAAACUUUAAUACAGAAGAAGUGUAGGGGCGACUAAAGAGGCAGCCUCAUGUGAAAAAGAGGAAUAUUCGCAGUGAAAAAAUGAGUUCUGUGAUUGUAUUGGAUUCCUCGGACGAAGAUGAGGUACCAACGAAGCGGGCUUUUAUUGCUCCAUCAAUUCCAGCCACAAUAACACCAAUAAAGGGAACGACCACAAAAUGUUCAACAAAUGUGGCAGAAAAUCAACUAAAACAUAAAAAGACGAAACCACGUAAAAUUCCUAGCGGCAUUACAAUCACGCGACGCAGUCCUGUUGAUGUUACUUCAACUAACAGCAAUGUUGUGGGGCGUAUUGCCGUUACAAAUGUGAAUCAGACAGCUGCAAAAAUUUCAGCGGAAACAGUUGCUGCAACUAGUAAAGUAAUUUUAUCCAAGACUGCUACGGCAAGCCUUUUAAAAAUUAAUGCAACUCCUACGCUAGCUAAUUUGAAAGAAAGACAAACUUCUACGCCACCUAGACAUCUACCACAACACAUAAACACAAAACAACCACAACAGUUACAAGCUGCUAGCAAACAGCAGCAGCAACAACAGAAACAUUUGUCGCAGCAGCAAUCACAAGGAGUACAUUUGCCACAUUUAUCACAAUUGCCGCAACUGCAGCCAUCUCCUUCGGUGUUACGUAAACGUUUAUCAACAGCAACUUCACCUACGCAACAGUUGCAAAUACCACCACAGCAACAGCAACAACCACAGCCACCAAAGUUGCAGAAAUCUAAACUGCAACAUAAUACGCCGAAAACACAGCAGCCGCAGCAACAACAACAAAAGCAACAGCAAACAGUGAAAUUUGAUGCACAAGUGCGAAAACUAAGUACACCCCCUGCUACAAUCAGUCCCAGUAGUAUUGCAACAACUUCCACAUCAAAUACUACGAUGUUGCCAUUAAUUUCAUCCGUUCAAUCGAUGGCAGCUGGUGCCACACCACCGCUUCAAUUGCUGGCCACACCACCACAUAGUGCGGCUACGACAUUCAGUGAUCAUCAAUUGUUUAGUCCAAAAUUGAUGCAUACCACAUGUAGUUUGCCGCCAUCGACAACGGUCACGGCUGCACGCACACAAUUGUCCAGCAGCAUUAAUACAAACAUCAACAACAAUAAUGCGAACAGUAACAUUAGUAGUAAUUUUAGCAACAAUAAUAAAAAUAUUAAUAAUAAUUUUAAAAUUAUGUUACCACCAAAAACUAGCAAUAACAAUGUGGUUAGUGUAAAUCUAUCGACGGCAUCGAUAACUUCCAGUGCUGUAGCUAGUUCACUAGCCACGCCAGUAGCAUUGCAACAAUCAAGUUCCGGACCACGUAUUGCUUAUGUUAAUAGUCUUGCCACACAAAUCAGUCCAACAAUUGCAAAAACAAAUAGCAAUAAUUUUGUAAAUUAUGCGCAAAAAGCUAAAACUACAACGCCACCUAUAGUACCAAUAGCAAUCACGCCAGUUACAACAAUGAUUACACCGGGCAUGACUACAUCCUCAGCUGCAAUUACAACAACACCAGCUCCUACAAAUGUAUUGGCAAGUGUACGACGUGUGAAGCCGACAACAUUAUUACGUAAAAACGACGAAGCUUGGUUGAAACGCGCAGCGACACCAACUACUUCCGCGAAAACGUUUAAAGAUGAUGAUUUAGUAUUAGAGCUAUUGCCACAUGCCACCAGUACUAAAACACAACAGCUUACAACAUCAAUGACGGUGGAACCUAUUAAAAAUACUGCAAAGUCUUCAAAACCGCCGGAGUUAGCAGUGAAAUCAACACUAAAUAAAUCUAAAUUUCCACUCAAAAUAGACUUAACGGAUUCGCCAGAAAAGACCAGCACUUCUCGGCUCAAUGAAAUUAUUACAAUUUCACCAACAACAUCACCAACGCAAUCCAAAUCAACAAAAAAUAAGUCCAACGCUACAGUUGCUAACGGUGAUGCCAAAUUACAGCCCGCUAAAUGUACAACACCUGUUUCGGAAAAAAGUGUCAAAUCCAGUGAAGAGCGUCCACCGCUCACCAGUGAGUAUGAGGAGCUGCUAAAGGUGUGCCGAGAGGCGGAUGCGUCGGCUGAUAUGGAAAAACUUGUGAAGACGAAAUUAAUAAAAUACUAUUAUAAUGUACAUCCCGAUUUCGUGCGGUCCAAGGGCUUUAGCAAGAAUUUGCGUACGGUUAUUACAAAUAUACAAAAAGAACCGGAUUUAGUAUAUUUACAUCUAAAGACAAUAGUUGAUGAGUUAAAAGUACGGAGUAAGAAUAAGGAAGCAUUACAGCCGGUGUUGAUAAAAGACGAGGAGAAGAGUGAUAGCCCAAGUGGAGAGAAAGAUAAAGGUAAAGAUAAAGACACUGCAGUAGAUGCAGGAGUUGGCAAUGAACCGGUCGAAGAUAUUAGCAGCACUGGCAAUAAGCAUACAGAUGAGCAGAUCAAGAAGUUGAAUAAAGCAUUGUAUAUACUAACAAAGCGUAUCGCGGUAUUGGAGUCAGCUGAAGUGGAUUGGGAUGAUGAAGAUUCAAGUUAUCUGCAAGUGGAGCGUUUUAAAAAACGCGCGUGUCAGAUAUACGAAAAAAUUUGUGAUCUUACCGGUGAGAGCAAGAAUGCGCAUCGUUUGGUAAAAAAGCCCAUACAUUUUAAUGGUACCACAUACACACAGUUCAAUAAGACAUUGCAAGCGUACAUAAAUCGUACGCGAGAAUUUCCCGACUAUUUCGAUGUGCUCCGUAUGCUGGAGCACUGCAAUCGUCAGUAUGAGUAUGCUUUGGCAAAUUUCGAAAUGAAGCGCAUCGCGCAUGAUGCAUUCGUAAAGGUUGGGAAAUUGUUGCAGUCGCGUCGCCGAACUGAUCUCUAUGAGACCGUUACACAUUUUACAGCACACGAAAAGGAUCCGGCCACAGUCGAUGCGACGCUGCAAGCAAAACUAAGUGAGAAUCAAAAGAAGCGUACACGCAUUAGUGAUGUGAUUGAAAAAUAUGCGCGCGAACAAGAUAUGAUCAGGGAAGAAUUGAAGGAAGCACGUCAAGCAAAAGCUGCCAAGGAUUUAAAAGGCGAGAGCAACGAUGAUGAUAAUGAUGAAGACGAUGCGAUCGCUAGCACCAGUGCGAAUGCGGCGAAAAUUGCUGCAUUACGCAAAAGCAAACACAAAAAAGUUAUUGACGAUGCCUUAAGGAGAAAUGUCAAGCGAAAUGAUAAUGAUGACACCUUAGAUGCUGAUGAAGAUGACGAGGACGAUGACGACGACGAUGAGGAUGAGGAUGAAGAUGACGAGGACGAUGAAGAUCAAGUGAAUGGUAGUGAUUUGGAGGCCGAUGUAGAGAAGCUAGCUAAUGGUAUACUGUCAGACGUCGAAUCAGAUGUUGAAAUUGUAAUAAACAGUUCGACAGAAGAAGUGAAAGAAAAAACUGACGAAGUUGCAGCAGAUUUUGAAAUAAAUCACAAAACUGUAACAACUGACAGUUCAGCAGCCAACACAACAACCACAACCGCAGUCAGCACUGAUUUGUUUGCAGCGAACACACAAACCACUGACACAACCACUGCAAAAACUGUUAAAGAAAGCACAACAACAAUGCAAACAAACUAUACUGUGAAUAACAAUUUGUUGAGACAAAAGACUGCAGAUCCAUUAGCCAACGCCACACCGAAUACCGCUAUAAAGACAAAUGUGACAACAACAGAAACUGAUAGCAAACAAACAGUAGCCGUAGCCAAUGGACUUACAAAGACGGGUGUCACACAAAGUAGCAGCAAUAACCCAACAACAAUAGCACAAGCAACAAGUAUAAAAAUAGUUUCAGUUGCCAGCUUAAAAAAUGUAAAUAUGGUGGAUAUUGAAAAUAAUCCCAGUAUAGUUAAAAAGCCGACAAAUCGGAAUGCGUUGCAGACGAAAGCGCAAAAUCCGAUUGUGUCAGUGAAUGAGACGAUAAAACGACAACGCACAGUUGCAGAAAUUGUCAUUUCCGAUGAGGAAUCGUAGUUAUGGCUAAAAGCGUUGCAACAACUCACUUAAGUUGACUGCACAGAAAAUAAUAUGUGUGUGUAAAUACAGGGUAAUGCAUAGCAUAGCUAUUGUUUAACAAUAAUUGUUUAAGCUCAAAUUAAUUUAUUUAAUUUACAAGCCAAAAAUAGCUUACCACCAUCAAAUCUCAAAUCAAACUAAGCUGAUUUGUACAAUAAUGCAGCAGAAGAACUUAAACUGUCAUAACUUCGAAAUUGCAUACUUGUUAUUGUACUUUUAUCAAUUGAUUUUAAUUUAUACUUUGCCACACCUACAAUAUGCCAUUCUGGCAACUCGAAAUACUAUUUUCUACACAUAUUGCUUAUUUAACUAUUAUCUCUUUCGAAACCUCUCAGCUCUA